UUAAAAUGUGGUGGCUAUUGCUGGCGGCCGUCAUCGGCAGCGCCCACGGGCAGCUCACGGCGCAGACCAGCGUGGCUCCAGAGCUGCGGGAGUGUUACACAGACCCCACCCUCAACCGGAACAACCUGGCCCCUGCCACGAUCAAUGUGCUUAUUGAUAUCAUACAGAAGGUAGAAGAUCACCCUAAUGUCAACAUGGACCUCAGGCAGAUUGCGACUACAUUACUACAUACGUACAGGCAAGACGGUAUAGAAUAUCACCAGCCGGAAUCUAACUUGCUUAAUUCGGCCAACAUUUUGCCGUGGGCGGCUACAUUCCAUUCCUUUUAUCGUCAUAAGUUAAUUUUGACGAGGUUGAUUCCUAACAAUCUCCAAGUAUUUGAAAAUACUACCCUUUCGUCACCACUAAAGUGCGCCAUUCAUGCCAUGCUAUCGACAACUGUGGAUGCAAGACUUCAUGGAAAUGGAAAUUGCAAUGAGUUCUCUCAGUACCGUGCCCUGAGGACGGCAAGACAGGUUCCCGAAGAUAUCGACGCAGACGUCGAAAUUAUAGAUCCUGACGUGCUUAAUACUAAGAACAAGAUCGGCCAAAUGAGACAAUACAAUCCGAAGAAUGAUAUUGAGUACAACGAUUUUAGCGGCAGCAAAUCUGAACGUCAACUACUCGGAGAAAGCUUAUGUCCCAUACUGAGUGGUGCAGUUAAGACUACCUGGGGAGAAGUAUCUGCUGGUAGCCUGAUAGCAGGGAUUGCCGCUGGUUCGGAAGCACAACGUGUUCCGACUCAAGAAUUAUCAAAGGGUUCAGUCCUUAACUACCCUAAUGUCCAGCAAACUGUUUCAUCAUUAUAUGCCGCAACAUUAUCAGGCGACUUAGGCGAAGCAGUGUUGAUCCAAGGAACCGAGAGAGGAAGUGCCUCAAUUUCCAUUGGAGCAGCUGGUUACUGGAACAGUACGCAGGCGACCAAAUACUACAUGCUGCGCACUCGUCAGAACAUCGAAAUGACGGACCCUGAGAUCCGUGGCGACAUAGACGGUUUUAUUUUGGGCCUUAAUUUAAAUACUCCCCUCGGAACAUACAGUUCUUUGAAACUGUCGCAAUUAAUCGACAUGUACUACUCAAGUAACGGAGUCUUCAAUCAUGGUUUUAGAGCAUGCAACCGUCGAUCGCUAAUGCAGGAGUACAUCACAGCAGACAACUUAGUGACGGAAACAUACACGUUCGCAGCGGCUUUAGAUACUCAAAUACCUUUGAGAGGAACUAUCACCGGAGGAUUCGACGACUUGGUCAACAGCGCCGUUACCAACUUCCAGAGUUAUGCCUCUUCUACCAUGAAUGACCUGAACUGUGCCAGCACCGAUACCGUUGCAUCGAGCCAUAAUUAUCGCCUAAAGACAAACCUUUACCUGGUAGUCGACGCCGCUUGGCAGUAUGAGGUCAUCUACCCAGCAGUGUCUUACCUCUUGGACUCCAUAGAAGUCGGCAAAUUUGGCUCCAGUGUGACACUACUGAAUGCCUUUGACGGUCAAGUUGUGAUCAACACGACUUGGUCUUUGGCAGACUUCCAUUCUGAGUACACUCUUGCCAAACACCAAUCAAUGUUCACCGGGGUAAAUUUGCAGAAUACAUUCACAAAUAUCCGUACUUUUAUGCAAGAGAAAAUGGAGAAUGAAACCUUACACAAUUACGUUGGCGGCAACUCGUCGGUGCUUCUGUUCUUAUUGAACAGCGGGAAUCUGCAGAACGAUGAAUUAGUUUGGGAGCAAGCACGUAUUUUGAACGAAACUGUACCUGACUUGAGGAUUCUAUUUGCAACUUCGACGAAUCAAUACGAUAAUCUGUGGAACUUGGUCCGCGACAUGCACCAGGAUAUCCAUACAAUUUCCCUAACAACCACUGUUAACCACAUUGAAGCUUUUGCUUCUACGCUAAAUCGUAUUCAACAAGUCGGAAGAAGAAUAAUCAAUCCCCUCUGCGGAGCAAGAUUCCCCCACGAUGUGAACUCCGGGAGCAGAAGCUUCGACGAUUAUGUGGAGCCCGGCUACAUCAACUACUACUCCAUCCAUCCCAAUUACUUCUACACCGACGACGAGAACAGGAGGCUUCGCAUUGCGCGAACAGGAGCCGGCGUGGGCAGCCUUGUUAUUUGCCACUCGCGGACUUUUACUCAACCAAGACAAAAUGGCACAGCAUUAGGUCUAGACGAGAACGCAAUCACGUGCCAAACCAUCGCCAGCACCGGCAACGUUGAGAUCAGCAUGCGCAACCUUUGCGACGGCUACUUCACCGUCAACUCCUGCCCCUUCCUCUACGUCUCCGUGCAGUCCACCACCACCAGCGUGUCUGCCUUCACUGCCACUUGCACAGAAGCAGCGUGUAGAUUCCCGUACAACGUGAGGUAUUCCGUGCAGAUCGAAAGCUUCGGCUGCUACAGCAGCUCGACCAGCAUCGCCGCAAGCCUCUUAAUGGUCAUUUCUGCCCUCGUCAUCAAUUUGUUCCGAUCGUCUUAGAUUGAACUAACAUUUGUAUGCGUAUUAGUUCUAUUUAAUACAUUUUGAAUUACCAUGUUGUUUAGAGAGUAGAUUAAGUGAAUUUAUGUUUAUUUUAGUCAUCUUAGUUACCAAGCUGCCAUACAUUUGUUUGCUUUGAGAAACAAGGAAUCGCAAUGUUCGAACUA